CUGAGUUUGGUUGUUUAUCAUUCACCUGACAAACUUUGAAUAUUGUGUCUAUCGUAGUUUUCGAUUCUUGCCGAUUGAAAGCAUAGCAUAGCAAGUGACAAAAACAACAAACAAACCCUAAGUUCUCAAGUAGUGCAUGUCUUUCGUACCUGCUCCCCAGGCAAGCGCCGCCAAUGCCGCAAGCGCCAACAAUGCCCCUGUGAACCCGUCUUCCUCUGCCGCUCCGGCGGCAGAUACUGGUGAAUCUGACAAGGAUCUCUUGUUCAAGCUCCGUACAUUCGAUGUCUACUGGGUAGAAAAGUCGGCGUUGAUGUACAAAGAUGGAAUUGAUAGAGUAAGUUUAGCACUCUGCAUACAUUAUUGCUUUGAUUUCGAGGGUUGAAAUUGUAGUAUCCGACCCAUUGUGGUUCGCUYGGCUGCUUCUGACUGAAAUGUGACGAAAAUGGAUGUUUCCGUUUUYAAUACUCAAGCWAYCUUUGUUUCUUCUACCCCACCUCUUUAUUCCCAAUAGACCUUUGACAGAGAAACAAGGAAGAAGAUCACCACCGUGCGCCAGAGAUCUUCGAUUCCUUUGAUUCUCCGAGACAUGGCACCUCCUACAGGUACAAUCUUCGAUCCCGCCCAAAAGUGGGAGGAAGAAAAGGAGCGCCGUCGAAUUGCGGCCGAGAAAGAGGACAACGAUGCUGCUGCUGCAAAGUUGGCUGCAAACAACAAGAAGAAGGGCAAGAAGGACAAGAAAAAAUCCACAGCUGACGCCAUCAAGGAGUCAAAUGCGGCUGARAAGCAGAAGAAGGACCACAUUCGCGAUCUGGAAAAGCUGUCUAAUCUUAGAAGUCUCAAGGCCCUGCAAGAAACAACAUGUGAUACUCCAAGUGGAAAGAUUCAUCGCAUGAUCAAGAUGCUUCAUCUUGCCGUAUGCGACUUGCGCCAAGGAGUUGUGAGCAGCAGCGAGGCCGAGGUCCUCGAUAUCCUAUGGGCUCUUGAAGAGAUGCCCUCGUUCAAAGCUUCGGAUUCCUUAGUUGCAUUAGAAAAGGCUGCRAAGAAAGAAGGAAAAAAGGAAGAAAAGAAAGCCGAUAAAAAGUCUAAGAAGGACAAGAAAGACAAGAAGGAUAAGAAGAAGGACAAGGAAGAAAAGCCCGCCGAAGUUGUAAAGGUUGUACUUACAACGGAAGCUGAAACCCUGAAGAAGUUAUACAAAGAGGGAGGCGAUAACCGUGGAUCAUACAGAGAUUCCUUGAAGUUUGCCCGCAAGCUUAUGAAUGGGAAAGAAAAUCUGAUCUCCUUCCAGUUGACGGAAAUGGCAGAUCGUCUCCCCCCACUUAGUCGCUACAAUCGAAAACUUCAACUUGAACCUUGGCAGUUUGAUAUCUUGAAAGCAAUCGACGAUAGACAAACAGCUGUGGUUUGCGCBCCAACAUCCUCUGGAAAAACAAUUCUUAGUACAUACACCUGUAAGAAUGCGAACGGACCCGUUCUCUUUGUCCUCCCUAGUGAGGUCCUGGUGUGGCAGGUAGCAUCGCUUUACUACCAAUUCUUCAAGGGAAAUGUMACUGUCUGCACWGAGCAGAUUACAUUCCAAGAAGUCACCGGUGAAGCCCAGGUUUACGUCGGGACCCCUAUUGCCUUGGAAAGAAGCUUGUGCAAAGUCCGAGGUAUCGCCGGUGAUGAAAUGACCAAGGGUGAGCGUGAAUUCAUGAUUCUUGAUGGUGGUUUCAACCAGUUUGAUUACCUUGUUCUUGACGAAGUUCAUACCCUGAAUGGACCUGAGGGAGAUGCUCUCCAGAGAAUCAUCAAGGCAUGCAACUGCCCCAUGYUGGCACUAAGUGCUACCAUCGGAAAUGCUGUUCAAUUGAAGGAUUGGUUCGCCAGUGUUCAAAAGGAACAAAUGGAGGCAACCGUYAUUGACGCACCGGAAACCCCUCCAGAUGUGGUCCUGAAAGAACAUUCAUCAAGAUUCAUCAACUUGCAACGAUAUGUCGUGACAGAAAAGGAAGGCAAAGAUGGCAAGACUGAAGCCAAAUUGACCAAACUUCAUCCAGUAGCAGCCAUGACUUCGGAUCGAUUGACUAAUCAACCUGAACUUAUUUCUUCUCUUGCGAUGACUCCUCACGACAUGAUGACGUUGUGGAAACGUUUGAAAGCGAUGUUUCCUGCCACAGCUUUGGACAAAUUGGACAAUCCUGACAACUUUUUCAACCAAUACGUUGACGAGAGUAAGCGUAUUACGUUGAAUCAAACUAAAGAGUACGAGAACAGACUGAAAUCUCGCCUCACGGACCUUUGCUCUUCUCAUCCUGAGUUGUACGAGAAACUACGAGUUGCGCAAGAACCUCCACCAUUGAAGGCGAAAACGGAUGUCAGCGAUGAUUUGUACGACGUUGUGAAGCAACUCAAGUCCAGUGAUUUGUUACCUGCAGUUGCAUUUCAACUGAAUACCUACGGGGCUUUCGACAUGUUCAAGAAAGUCCUUGCUCGCCUCGAAAGUGAUCAGGUUAGCGAGUUCCCAACUUACCGUAAGGAUCUUAUUCGAGUCGCACGCGAAAAGGCACAAAUGAGAAAGGUUGCCGAGGGCAAGGCAAAYAGAGAGAAUGCAGCRGAGGCAGAAGCUGACGCACARGCUGGUUUUGUAGACGAUUCACUUGUGAAUGAAGAUACAACGCGCCCCCAUGAGAAAUACGUUCUGUCGCCUGCCGGAAAGCGCCUGAACUACAGUGAAGUAGAGAAUAUUAUCAGCGAUAUGAAGAAGUCAGGAGAGAAGGUUGAUAUCAACCACGCACUCAUUCGUGGAUUGCGUCGUGGURUCGCCAUUUACACGAAUGAAGUUGGCUUUUCUUGCUAUCGUCGCCAAGUUCAAAUGCUUGCUUCGCAAGGUCGUCUAGCCGUUGUAUUUUCCGAUUCGGCGUUGGCUUACGGUGUUAAUAUGCCCUUCCGUUCGUGCAUCUUUUGUGGUGAUAUGGGCGAUGAUCUUACUCCUCUCAUUGCCCAACAGAUGCAGGGUCGUGCAGGACGCCGUGGAAUGGAUGUGCAGGGUAAUGUUAUUUACCUCGGUAUGGACUGGCCAUACAUCGAGAAUUUGAUGCUUGGUCAAAUAUCGCAAGUUACAGGAAAGGAACCAAGACAUCCUUUGCUUUCAUUGGUUGGAGCUCUUGCAGCUGCUAAUGAUCCCGGUGACACGAAAAAGUUCCUGUUUGAUGAUGAAGACGAGAACUCUGCCUUUGCCUUUGCGAUUCGCAAGAUUCAAAGAGCCCAAAAUUGUUUCCCAACUGUAACGGAAGACCAAAUCAACUGGAUGACAAGCUCCACSUUGGAAGACUUUUGCAAGGGAGAUACUUCAAAAGAAUAUCUGUCUAUUUCUGAGAAGGUGGUCACUGGAUUGGGCUACACUCAUGACGACGGAACUCUUGCAAUGGACCACAACGUCCUUACCAUGGUUGCAGAGUUGCACGAAUAUUUACCUAUUGCUGUAAAYAUGAGCGCUCUAUUGGAACAGAUGUAUCUWCGAUUUGUUUACCAGAAGAGUAAGCAAUACAAAGAGAGUGAUGCGACGCAGAACGAGUUCCUGUCCAUCUUGAUCCAUGUUGUUGAUCGUCAUCCACCAGCUGAAGGUUCGGARAGUUUGCAACAGCUUUUGCGCGUCGAAGAAUCUCAAGACGGAAARCUAAACGAAGAUGCCAGGGCUAUGUGGGUUGAAACGGAAGAURUUCUUCGCAAGCAGAAAGCUCUCAUUGAUGGUCUUGAUAUUCCUGACGAAGAGAAGGCGAAACUCAACCUUGAACUUCCCCCAUCCACUGAGGAAGGUUCUUUUGGUCCUCCACUUGACAAGGGUGUGUAUGAAAUGCUUGUAUCGAAACAGAAGGGAUUCCUUGAAUCUCAGAACAUGGAGCGCCGCAACGAAUUGAAGAAUCGUAUUGUCAGGCUUGGACAGAUUUGUCAAAGCGCUCACAACAAUAUCCARCAGCCUCAUGGAAAAUACGCAGAGCUCGAAGUUAUGUUCAGACGUAUGUUCUCCAACAUCAAAUACAGUGUCGCUKAUAUGAUGCAGCAACUCACUGAUCAGGAUGAUCUGACCGAGGUUUAAUGUGGAAAAAUUGAAGACAUGGUUUACGUGGAAGCAAGUAUAAGGAAAAUCUUGAAUAAAAAAGUCAUCGCAACACAAACUAGGAAUAUUUCUGUGACUUCUACUGCUACAAUAUUUAAAUUCAAUUCGUGACACUAUCUCMUUCACGUAAUUCCUAACCGAUGAUUCCAGGUUGCGGAGCAGUUCAAAAUUCGCAUCACUACGUUUUCCGGGCCUAGGGUAGUGUUCUACAUUCAUCAAUAUGUGUGCUUUGAUUGUAUGCAGUGUUUCGAGUGCYGCCUCUCGAAGCGAGUGUCGCAGACUUCAYURUACCGGUUYAUUAUUCUCACGAGAUUGAGGAACCUCUAGACAACCUAAAUAAGCUAGCAGACAAACUCCUGUUUUCUAGUACAUUAAUGCGGAAUAUCGAACAGAAAAUCUCUCAUUCACACUGAUUCCUGUAGUUGAUGAAGACUAUCUAUAUCGUUGGGUCUCAAUAGACAAGGUAAAAAGGACGAAUAUCUCCAAGGCGAGAGCUUUUCCCAAGAGAAACCAUAAGCCCAUAGAUGGUUCCGCAUGAAUCGUGAAGCAAUUGUCUGAGGUAUAGUACUUUAAAGAAUCGCACACUGGAGAAGCAAAUUUGUCGAUAGCAUAUUCCAUGACUAUCKCAAAAGCCGGAACAGAAACGAACACCGCGGCUACAAAAACGAUGGAACCGAGACACGGUUGUAGUAUCCAAAGGACGUUUUUGCAAGAAAUCCUGAACGGCGAGUCACAUAUCCAGGCUCCGAUAGCCAAUAGAUUUGCUACCAUCGGACCAAGGAAGACGAACGACAGGAAUAGAAUCUCCACCACUACUAGUAUGAAUCGCGAUGUCCCAGCCGCCGUUCCGCAUUCCCAGAGCUCCACUGGGAUGUCUACAAGUCGAAUCGACAUUGAAACUUCUGGCAUGAAUUCCGACGCGAAGCCCCCGUAAUCCAGUUGAAAGAGUGGCACAAAAAGAGCCGGUAGCCAAAGCACCGUGGAAAGCACUCCCAGUUCGUACAAGAAAAAUCGUUUCCAAAAAGGCAAUACUCCUGCCUUGAGAGAAUGUCUUUCGGCUGUGCGAUCAUCUGUCUCUUCAGCAGCUCCAUCGAUAAUCGAAGUCCAAGUUCUUCUAUCAAYUUCCGCGUGGUCGCCAGURCACGAUUCAUUUUGCAACAACGGUGAACUSAGUUCUUCUCGUUCAUCGUUACUAGCCUUUCUUUGUUUCGUUGUUGCGUUUGUGCCCCUCAAAGCAGAAAACAAUGCAUUCGAUUGAACAUCCCAGGACCAUUCAAAUUCAAGGUUGCUCCGCGUUUUCUCWACAUGGUAUUGUUCGUUUUGUUCACAACACAUAGRUUCGUGGAUUCCGUAAAUAGUUGUCUUAUCCAGCCGUAGAAGUACUAUUACGAAAAGACUGCAAAUCAUACCCAASGUAUAUGCAGCCAUCCCUCCCUUGAUUUGAUUGACCACGAUGAGUUCGGAACCCAUGAAUUCUAUUGUAAGGGGCGAGGUUCCAAUCUCCAUUAUAUAUAUUACGAACAAUACCGAAACUCCAAUUCUCGCAAUGUAUUCYACAAAUAGUCUCGGAGAUGACCAACAAUUUUGACCACUAUUGUAACGUCGUAAUCUUCUGCGAAAACUGAUCGCGUUGUUGUUUUUGGAAAUAUCAAUUGMMCGUAAAAUUCUGAUUCGUUCCUUCCGAUCUUCCGCAAUCCAGGCGGCCCCRGUGAUUAYACAGAGGCACGGCAAUACCAGUGAMGUCAAGACAAAUGCAAUGGCUGUGGACAAUAUUGAAUUGCAAACAAAAGCAGCAGUGAGAACUACUCCAAUAUCUUGAGUAACCACCAAUUUUAACCAAGCCAUUCAUGACCUUCUAUCUCAAUGCUCUGCUAUAUUUUUCGAAAAUAAAGGCAACGCAUCAUG